AUGAAAUCACACAUGGACUGUUUACCACACCUGAAUAGUCUUUUACUUUCUACCAUUAAUGAUGUCAAACAAAUCUAUUUACCAACAAGUUUAGCGCUAGCAGUUCUUUAUUUUCCAAUUUUUCUUCUUUCUAUAUUUAAUCGUUCGAUUUUAAAAAUAUCAAAAUGGAUUCUUACAAUUCCAAUUGUUAUCUAUCUUCUUUUUAUUCCAAUUUGUCAACCAUUUUGUUGUAUACCAGUAUUUAAUGUAUGUAUUGCAAGUGUUGGAAUUUAUUAUGCACAAAAAAUUUGUGAAUGGAUAUUAAUUCGACGAAAAGAAUUUUAUCAAUGGUCAUUUUUUGAUAUUCAACAUGAAUUAUUUUAUUAUCGUAUUUAUACAUUACCUAUAAGUAUUAAAAAAUUUAAAAAAAAGAAAAAAGAAAUUAUUUUUAGUGGACCUAUACAAUAUGAUAAACAUUUUAAAUCAUUAAUAUAUAUAUCAUGUAAAAUAAUACAAUAUUAUCUAUUAAUGGAUCUUAUUGUUUUUUUUUAUUCAAGUAAAUAA